GGAUACUAAGAAAGGCGUGGCCAAUAAAGAAAAAAUGGCGGAUCCAGUUCGAACACGUCUUGGUCGAAUAAGAUGUCUUGUACAAGCUGUGGAGGCCAUGCAGAGAGGGGAGAGCCUCCCUAAGCCACUCUGCUACGUUCCUACACAACUAACUCUUGAAUGCCAACCGGAUAAACUCUCGGGGGAGCAGGUAGAGCUACACGAGAAGCCAGACCUCAAGAGUCCUGUCCUAAACAAACUAAUGGCGGCUAAGACACACCUCCUGACUGUCAAAGGAUUUCCUUGUUUUAAUAAAGACGGUGGAUGGUUCCAGACUAUCAAGCCAUUUGAAAACAACUGGAUAUUGGUCCAGCCUAAUGAGAGGAGUAUCAAGACUAAAUUCAAAAUAACGAAAUCAAAUGAAAAGGAUAUUCAGUCGUGGAUGGAUGCAGUUGAACAGUGCUGCUCGCUCCAACUCUCAAGGGCGGAGCCUACUCUUGACGGAGACGAGGAACUCAUUGCACUCCUUCAGAACCCUCUGCCUGGCUGGACUCUGGAGGCUGAUGAGGAACUAGCAAAGUUUCUUGUGAAGAAUAAUAGCAAGUUUAAUUCCGAUGUGACGGCACAAGGAAGUGAAUAUUUAGUUAAGAUUGAAGCAUCAAGUGCUGAGUCAGAGAUUGUCAACCUGAUGGAUCAAGACUUUGACUCUACCUGGGAAUCAGACGGUGAUCAAGGCUCCCACUGGCUCAAGUUCUUCAUGAAACCCGGCGUGGUGGUCCAAAAGUUCUCUCUCCUCGUUGAUCCUGAUGACAGCAGCUACCUCCCACGUAGGGUAGUCGUUAAAGCCGGAACGGAAUCAAACCGCGAAACAAUAUCACAAAGAACCUUCAGCCCAUCAGAUUUCUCUAAAAGGGAGCUUGAAUUAUUCCCAUUUCCUCUCUCCACCUAUUACUCAGUCAUUGAAGUUUGCAUUAAGGCUUGUUAUCAAGGAGGCAUUGACACACGCAUACACGGUAUCAAGCUGGUCUGUCAAACUGCCUGCAUGAUAAUACCAGAGUCUGAGAAUGUCUGUGAGGAUAUCUUUACUUCUGAGUCCACCUCUCGUUGGCCAAAACUCGACUCCUUUACACCACGCCAGCUCUUCCAUCGCUCUAUCCUUCUUAAAAGAGUGGCCAGUCUCAUUGAUAAGGAUCUCUCGUAUAUACUACCACAGUGGCAGUAUUCUCGCGGGGGUCUGGGGGCCGUGACAUCCCUAAGGCAACUCUGGCCUUUAUGUAGCUCUCGUAAUGCCCUCAUUGAGCAGCUGCUGCAGAAAACAACCGAAAAACCUCCUUCUGAUAUGCCAGUUGUGUACAUAAACCGAAUAGCAGCCAAACAACACAGGGAGGAUCCCACCAUAGACCCAGAACAGAAGAAGACGGUCUUUAACCAGCUGAUGUCUGAGCUUAAGAAACACACCAAACCUUCGGAGUAUAAUUUCAGGUGGGCGGGGCACUGGACCCAGUGGUGGGAGUGUAAGUUCCUUCAAGAGGGCGUCAUUGACCAGGGAGGGGGUUUUAGGGACUCUCUCUCUGAUAUCGCUGAAGAGUUGUGUCCGCCAUCUUUAGACGUCGAUGUCUCUCUUCCUUUAUUUAUACGAAGUCCCAACCAAAGUCAGGACUCCUCCAACGUGUACCGUGACGCUUACACUCCUAAUCCUUCCUGUGAGCAGUUUGCAAAGUAUUCUUUUGUGGGUCAGCUAAUGGGGGGAACGUUCCGCAGUCAAGAGAUACUGGUACUCUCUCUCCCUCAGUUUAUUUGGAAGCAGCUGGUGGGGGAGCCUGUCACUUGGACAAGGGAUUUCGUGUCCGUUGAUUCCGCUGAAGUUAAACUUAUAGACUCCAUAGAGACAAUGGAGGCGUCCAUAUUUGAUUCAACAUUUGCUGAAGUUCUUAACUUCACGACUGUCCUUAGUAACGGAAAGACGGUCCCCCUCCUUCCCGGCGGAGAGGACCGUUACGUGACGUAUGAGGAUCGAUUGGAGUACUGUCGUCUCGUUAAGAAGGUGAGAAUGAGUGAGAGCCAGGCUCAGAUAUCGGCCAUUAAGGAAGGACUCACUCAAGUCGUCCCUCAGCAGGUCCUGGCUCUUCUCACCUGGCAGGAACUUGAGGUCAAAGUUUGCGGCAGUCCCGAGAUAUCUAUAGAAGAGCUUAAAAAAUCAGCAAAAUAUGACAGCGAUCUUUCUCCUACAUCUUCCAAUGUGAAGGUUAUGUGGGAAGCUUUGGAAGGAUUUACUAACGAGGAAAGAUCAAGAUUCAUCCGAUUCAUAACCGGCAGGAGAAGGUUACCAACCACCAUUUACAUUGAUUCAGCAGAUACAGGUCCUUCAUCUCUACCCACUUCUGCUACCUGUUCUAAUGCUCUCUAUCUUCCUUCUUAUACCACGGUGGAACAGGCUGCCUCUAAACUGCGCUAUGCGGCUUAUAAUUGCGUUGCUAUAGAUACGGACAUGAGUCCAAUUGAGUAGGCGUGAUAAAGAGUUGUGAGUACUGUAAAGUUAAGACGUUAGAUAUAUUAUUAUUAUUAUUUUUGAUUAGUUAAGUUUUGUUAUUAGCUUUUCUUAUAUUAAUUAUUAUUUUUAAUAAA